AUGCGGAGUACACACCAAGCGCACAAUAACAAUCCAACCUUCCUCAAACAAGUCAUUUGUUUCCUCAUUACUUCUUGUGCUGUUGGCAACAUCCUCCCACAAUUCCUGUUUCUUCGAACAACAACAACAACAACGCUGCUAUCAGCAACAUCAAACUCGCAUUCAGAAGAUUCGAAGGACUACAAUUUGGGACAGAAGACAAAUCUUACACAUCAUGAAAUACAAGAAAGGAAGUAUCGUGGAGACAAUUAUACUGUGAGUUAUGAUAUCUACCCUGGUUUCACCAACAAAGAAGAUGUGCAACAAAUAUCUCCAAAAUCCAUUCGACCUUGUCCCCCUCUAUUAGAAACCCCAGAAUCUUGGGUUCCUGGUGAUGUAGUUGAAGUCUUUCACAAUCUUUCAUGGAAGAUGGCAAUUGUUUUGAAUGCUUUGAAUAUGGAACAAUUUGUUGUAAGAUUAGUUGGAUCUUCUCAAGAGCUCAAAGUAACCAAAUCAGAACUCCGUGUGCCACAAUCUUUUCAAAAUGGUGAAUGGAUUGUUGUUGACAAGUUUAAGACAUUAAACUCGAAUUCUUGUAAAGUUGAAAGUGUCAUGAGUUCUAGUGACAGUUGUAGCAUUUAUAGCUAUAAUGGAUCUGAUUGUUUUGAAGAUAUUGAAAGGCGUGAUAGUGAUGCAGAGUCCGUUUGUGAAAUGGAAUAUGUUGAUGAUGAUGAUGGGUGUGUUUCAUUGGAGGAUGAAAUCCAUAGACUUGAGUUGAAUGCAUAUCGAUGCACAAUGGAGGCAUUACAUGCAUCGGGACCUUUAACAUGGGAAAAAGAAACAAUGGGCCAAAGUAGUGGCUUGCUUGCUUGUACACCUUUUGCUUCUGCAUCAUGUUGUCUGUAA